UCCAGGCAGUAAACAGCCAGACCUUGAAUCUGAAAGGCUAAUCAAAGUGAUCAGUUGUAACAUUCACACGUGCCUCAAACAUACAAGAGUUCUUUCUCCCACCCAUAAUAUUUUACAGAUAUAUAAACCCCACUUGCAUAGUUUCCAACAUACUUCACAACCUCUGAGGAUGUCUGCCAUAGAUGCCGGUGAAACGUCAGAAGAAAAUGCUUCUGGAACGUGGCCAUACAGCCUGGAGAGUUCACAGCAACUCAGUGAUUUUGGCCAUGAAAGCCUUCGACAAGACCUCUUUAGGAUUCUCUGUGUUGGCUUCCAUCAGAGGCCAUGCCUUUUUCUUCCAGACGCAACCCUAGAAGGAGGAGGAAGCGCAGUGAAGAACUGAGAAGCCACCAUGCAACUGAGCCCAGGUCACAGCACUAGUCACACUUUCCUGUGGUAUUAGGAGGGGAUGGAGCAGAGCCCAUGUGACACUGGAUGACACCUGCCGCAGGGACAGAAUGGCUCACUUUGAUACAGAGUAUCAACGGCUGGAAGGCUCAUACAAUGACUCUCCCCCAGGAGAAGAAGACUUGAUGGUUCAUGUUGCAGAGGGCAGUAAAUCUCCCUGGCAUCACAUUGAGAAUUUGGAUCUCUUUUUCUCUCGUAUAUCCUUACUUGGUGAAAGGAAACUAGUGCUGGCAUGCCAGCAGUGGUUCGUUGCAGCUAAAGUGGGAAUCCCCUAUAAUGUUUCUUAGUAAAACCUUCAGCUCAGCUCACCUUCACCUUCACCUCAAUGCAAAAACUACCACACGAAAUAAGUCUUUUUACUUAGAAAUGUAAUGGAUGCAUGGAAAAGCAUAAUUGUUUUCCAUAUACAUUUGUGAAGAGAGCUUCUUGUUCGGAUAUGAUGAAUAUGUGUCACACAAGGCACAGUCUGUCCUGAACCCCACUUUUGUAACCAUCCCAAGAGAUCUCCUGAACAUCCAAUUUUUAAAAAGAAUAAUUUAAUCUCUGGGUAGGACCUUUUUGCCCACUAUCUGACCCAAAACCACCGUCUGUCCCCUAGGGGAGGAAGACAGUAUAUAAAUGCUAUAAAUAAAUAAAUAAAUAAAUAAAAUGCCCACAAAUGUGGCAUUUUAGCUUUUCCACUCCCUCUGAACUUCUCAACUCCCUCCCCAACUUCUCAAAACUAGAUGAAGAAUGCACAAAAUAGAUGUUAUGGAAGGAGUGAAAUUAGGGCUCCCUCCACAUCUAGAAACCAUGGAAUAUGCAUAGGCUUUACUGAGAAGAUGAUAACAAAAACACUGCAAGGAGGUUUGUUCUUUACCUUCCCAGUGGAAUAUAACUUGGAUAACAUCUUUAUAUCUAACAUUGCUGCUCAGUACUAAUGGCAUGACAGGUUGAACUAGGGGAAAAGGCCUUCUCUGUAAAUUUGAGAUGAAGCUGCAGUGUGUUCUACAGCUAGUAGUUCAAGCUGUUUUCCUUGACUGUGACUUCACGUCUAUAACCUGCACCAGAAGAAUGGCUUCACCUGUAUGCUCAUCAGUGAGAUCUUUGAGUUAAUGCAAUUCAUUUUUGUUGUGGCCUUCACCACAUUCCUUGUCAGUUGUGUUGACUAUGACAUCCUCUUUGCCAAUAAGCUGGUGAAUCACAGCCAGCAUUCCAGUGAUCCAGUCAAGGUGACCUUGCCAGAUGCUUUCCUGCCUCCCAAUGAGUGCAGUGCUAGGAUUCAGACCAAUGGCUUUCUGCUCUCCAUCCUUGUGAUUGCGGGGGUCUUCUGGAUCCAUCGGCUGAUCAAAUUCAUCUACAAUAUUUGUUGCUAUUGGGAGAUCCACUCUUUUUACAUCAGUGCUCUCAAGAUUCCUAUGUCCAAUUUGCCCUAUUAUACAUGGCAAGAGGUGCAGGCACGGAUUGUGCAAAUCCAGAAGGAACACCAGAUCUGCAUCCAUAAGAAGGAGCUGACCGAGUUGGACGUCUACCAUCGCAUCCUACGUUUCAAGAACUACAUGGUGGCCAUGGUGAACAAGUCACUUCUGCCUGUGCGCUUCCACCUUCCUCUGCUGGGUGACACAGUCUUCUUUACACGUGGCCUCAAGUACAACUUUGAGCUGAUCUUUUUUUGGGGGCCAGGCUCCCUCUUUGAAAAUGAGUGGAGCCUUAAGGCAGAGUACAAGCGAGGCAGCAACCGCCUGGAACUGGCUGAUAAAUUAGGCACCCGCAUCCUUUGGAUUGGCAUUGCCAACUUUCUGCUCUGCCCACUUAUCCUCAUCUGGCAGAUCCUCUAUGCUUUCUUCAGCUACACAGAGAUUCUCAAGCGAGAACCAGGCAGCCUGGGAGCUCGCUGUUGGUCCCUUUACGGCCGCUGCUACCUGCGGCACUUCAACGAGCUGGACCAUGAGUUACAGUCACGGCUCAGCAAAGGCUACAAGCCAGCUUCCAAGUAUAUGAACUGCUUCAUUUCACCUUUGCUCACCAUUGUGGCCAAGAAUGUGGCCUUCUUUGCUGGCUCCAUCCUAGCUGUCCUCAUUGCCCUUACAAUUUAUGAUGAGGAUGUGCUGGCCGUGGAACAUGUCCUCACUACUGUCACCAUCCUGGGCGUGGGUGUCACUGUCUGCAGAUCCUUCAUCCCAGAUCAGCACUUGGUAUUCUGUCCAGAGCAGCUGCUUCGAGUGAUUUUGGCACAUAUCCACUACAUGCCUGACCACUGGCAAGGCAAUGCCCACCGCUAUGAGACCCGAGAUGAGUUCGCCCAGCUCUUCCAAUACAAGGCGGUGUUCAUUCUUGAGGAACUGCUUAGCCCCAUUGUGACCCCCUUGAUCCUCAUCUUCUGCCUGAGGCCCAAAGCCCUGGAGAUCAUUGAUUUCUUCCGCAACUUCACAGUGGAGGUGGUGGGGGUGGGAGACACCUGCUCUUUUGCCCAGAUGGAUGUGCGCCAGCAUGGACACCCUGCAUGGAUGUCAGCUGGGAAGACAGAGGCUUCCAUUUACCAGCAGGCUGAAGAUGGCAAGACAGAGCUGUCCCUCAUGCACUUUGCAAUCACCAACCCACAUUGGCAGCCCCCUCGGGAGAGCACGGCCUUCAUUGGCUUGCUUAAGGAACGUGUGCAUCGCGACAGCAGCCUGGCAUUGGCCCAGCAGGCCGUCCUCCCUGACAAUACUCUCUUCACUUCCAUCCAGUCCUUGCAGUCAGAAUCUGAGCCUCACAGCCUGAUUGCCAACGUGAUUGCAGGCUCCUCGGCCCUGGGCUACCAGGCAGUCCGUGAUGCCCAGACCUCGCGGCAUCUGUCUGCUGUAUCUGAGGUGGCCUCUGCCCUGCGUUCUUUCUCCCCUCUCCAGUCUACUCACACAGCCCAUGGGAGUUCCCAUGCUGAAGGUUCCCAGCUUCGAGGCCCUGGCACAAUGAUGGGCUCUGGGGCUGAUGCCAGGACUGCUAGCUCUGGAAGUAGUGCUUGGGAGGGUCAACUCCAGAGCCUGAUCCUGUCAGAAUACGCCUCUACUGAAAUGAGUCUGCAUGCUCUCUACAUGCAUGAGUUGCACAAACAGCAUGCCCAGUUGGACCUUGAGCGGCACCUAUGGCACCGGCAGGAGAGUGAUGAAAGUGGAGAGAGUGCUCAAGAUGAGCCAGAAGUUCAGCGAAGCACCCCUGGCAGCGCAAUUCCUCGUUCAGCCAGCUAUCCCUUGGCUUCGCCUCGCCAAGCCGGAGAUGAAACUGCUGCUCUGCAAGCAGGGUUCCAGCGCCGGUAUGGCGGAGUCUCAGAUCCUGGUAUAGUGAACAGAGCCCCAUCACACUUUGCUCGGCUGCCCCUUGGAGGCUGGGCUGAGGAUGGCCAAACUGCUCGGCACCCAGAGCCUGUCCCAGAAGAGCCCUCAGAAGAUGACUUGCCACCUCAGAUACACAAGGUGUAGCUGUGAAGGCUGAAGAUCCAGUGAAGGUUCCAAAUUCUGGGCCUGCCUUGGCCAAUGGGACCCUGGAUCACCCUGCUCUGCAAGGUAUGGGUUGACUCAGGUGUUCAUGUGCUGGGCAUCAGGAUCAGAGGGAAGAAGGUAUGAGGUCAGCCAUGCCUUUGUGGAAGGCAGAACUCUAUCCAGACAUGCAUCAUGCCCAGUGGCAUCCUAGCUGUGCAUAGGCUGGAUAUGUGUGUGAUUACAUAUAUUUGUCCGUGUCUGCAUAAGUGUCGUCCAUAUUGGAGAAUCAUCUGAGACCCAGACAGAACGCCACGGAGCACGCAGGAGAGCAGAGAGGCUGGCGGAUGCUCUCCCCAGCCUGACAUUUUCCAGAAUGGGAGGAAGACCUGCUGUCUUGACCUUGUUGAGAGGCAGGAAAGCUAUUCCACUCUCCAGACUUGUUACAUGAAUAAAGAUGCAAUCAAGAGAUAGACCUGGACUCAGGAAAAGAAGGGCUGUGAGAGAUUAUUUUUGUAAGAAGAAUGGGGCACAGGCUUCCUCCAGUGACCGAGCCUGACUCAAAUGAUACUUUCCACAUCAUAACUUCCAUUCCACUUCACCAUUCACUCAUGAACUUCAAAGCCAAGCCAGAAGGAGUUUUCCCUGCAGUGCCAACAUCACCAUUAUGGCAGAAUCUGCCUUCUUGUGGGCACAACCACAUUGCAUAGGGAUACCUUUCUUUCCUCUCCUUCUUGCAAUUUAAAGCACAGUCUAUCCAGACCCUAAUCAGAAGUUUACUUGAGCCAAUAUCUGAAGUGACAUAAUUUGUUGUCCCACUUACCAACUAAUGCCAUGGCUGAAAGCCUCCAUCCCCGGGGAUAUGGCUUUGUUCUGAGGAAGCCCUUUGCUCGCAUCUUGUUCGUCCUGCUAGACUUAAUACUGAAAAGGAGACUGUGCACCACAUACUGUGCAUGUGUGUGCAUGAGGAAUGGAUAGAGGAGGGCAGUAUUUAUUUCUCCAGCAUCAUGUAUUUAAAUAAUUCUUAGAUCCUUGGCCCCUGCUUGGGUUCUUUUACAAACUGGUGCUGUCCACUUGUUAUAUCUGCUUUUUAUACAGGUGCCUUGAUGGUAAGUCUCCAGCUGUCAUGGAAGUUCCAGUAAGAAAUGGGUUGCUACAUGUCAAAAUAAAGUAAAAUAAAACCCGACAGUAUCUUAAUUAUAUGGGGAGGGCCCAGCUUGGGUUCUUACAGAAAGAGUUAGACUUCCUACCCUGUUUGACAAGGUGCUCUUGAGCCUUGGCUGUAGAAGUCCUGCUGACUCUAGUAGUUCCUCACAUUAAAGAUCCCCAUUCUCUCCUCUCCUACACCUGCUCUACUUGCCUUUUCCAAUUGCUCUCUGGCCCCAGGACAAAGUAGGAAAUCUUGUGGCUUGCACAGUUUAUGCCACAAACAAUCCUUUCUGGUCAGCUGGUAAAAAGCAUCCCGAGAAAGUUCAUAGAAUCUAGCCAAUCAUUGCAUGGGUUAAUGUUAACCCACUUUAAGAAUCUUAGGUCUCCCACAUGCCUCAAUCAAACUAUAGUGUAACCUAAAUUGACUCUGGGGCCAAAGUAGAAUACUUCUAUUGCUGUUUUACAAUACCUACUGUAGCCUCCAACAGCCACUUGCCAAAGCCACUACUUAAUUUGUGAAAUUGUGAUGAGGUUUGAUGUCAAAUAUAAAACAUGCAGUUACUUUUUCUGGGUUCGAACUACAGUGUCCAUACAUCCCCAUUAUUCUUAUGGGCUGCCUUUGAAACUGAUUAAGGAGCCCAGAAUCCUGGAACUAUUUCUCCCUGCUUUAGGAAUAAGAUUAUAUGCCCUCAACAACCAAAGGAUUGUUUCAUCUGCUGGUUUACCACUUCUUGUUGGGGAUUCCACUGCAAGGAACAGUGCCAUCUCCUCUCAUGCUAGUUUCAUAAAGGGAGCAUCAAUAUUCUUUGGGGCUAAGUAUCAAAAGGGAAGUCAGCUACUGCUUCAAAGCACUUUCUGUCAAAAGUAUAGAAGAGGCCUCUGCUCCCAUCUAUAGACACUAGACUACCUCCUCUUGUCUGCAGGUAUAGGAUGACCAUCAUCACCAGUUAGCAUGGUGGCUUCUGGCUGAGGAUGAUGUACAUUUUAAUCUGGAGGGACAGCAGAUUUGGAAGUAUGGAUAGGGCUGCGUACUCUUACUCAUCAUAUUUUAAAGAUUGCAGUGAGUGGCCCAGUAUUGAUUUGCUGUUUUACAAUAUCCAAUAGACUGUGUAAAGCGCAAGUGGUUCAUAAUUUGCAGCGUUGAACUCUGCCAGCCAGGCAUCAGCUCCAAAGCAUCUAUCCUGGCCCCGCUUCCUUCUCAGUGAAGUAUUGGCAGUCUGGCUAAGGAUAAAGGGAGUAUUUUUAGCCAAACCACUGAGAUGGCGAGGGAGUGCUUGCAGCCACAUAUUAUGCUUGUCUUUGCCCCAUCUCCAUGUGCAUGGUACAGCCACCUGCUGCCUCUUGUUUUAUUUAUGGCACAUGAGAGGCUAGGCUGCGAGUGUGUGGAGCACUACAAGUGGUUUGUAAAACAGAGCUUAUGCCUGGCAUCCUGUGCAGUACUGUCUUUCUACUGAAUAAAGAGAAGUGUUUAAUUCUUUGA